AUGGUCACCCGAAAACCUAGUAGCCCAGCGUUACCAAUAAGAACAACACCCUCGACCGCUUCGUCGCCUACAUCAUCGCUCGUCGCGUUUGAUGACGACGACGUCAAAAUGGCCAUGAGCGACUGUCAACCCACACCAUUGACAGUCUCAAUACCCAAGAACAUCCCUACCCCGCAAUACCGAAAACCAAACCUAUCCGAGAUCCUUGCCAACACGGCUCCCCCACCCUACACAUUAAGCUCUUUCAUGGCUUUCCUAUCCCAGAACCACUGCUUGGAGAAUCUCGAGUUCACCAUGGACGCAUCGAGGUACCGCAAGCACUACUCAAAGAUGGUCAACCGCCACCCAGCAAGUCCCAUAUCGCCGCUGUCUGACGAGUGCGGUUACGUGGGCAUGCUAUGGCGCCGAUUGAUUGAUGCCUACAUUCGUGAAUCCGGCCCACGAGAGGUCAACCUUCCUGCCGAAGUCCGCGAUAAUCUUCUAAGCCUCUCCGACUCAUACGUACCGCCGCAUCCUUCGUCAUUAGACGAGGCAGUGUCUAAGAUCUACGAGCUUAUGGAAGAAAGUGUGCUGGUCUCGUUCCUCAACUCGGUCAGCCCACAAAGCGCACACCCAACCAUCGGUCACGAGAGUCACGACAGCAGCCUCACACGGUCGUCAACCCGCAGCUAUGACGAACGAAGCCUGCUUGCUCGGACUCAGCAGCCACAAAUUCCUAUCCACCAGCGGGCAUCAGCACCGUCGUCAUUGACCUCGGGUUUCAUGCAAGCUCGUCCAUUCACGCACUCAAGAUUCAACUCGCAACCAACGUCCUCUGGCCCACAGGCAACACGCGUUACUUCUGGCUACAAUAGCGGAAGCGACGCGCUGACUGAUGAUUCAGGUAGUGGAAGUCCUUCUGCCUUGGGCGAUCCCCUGACACCUCCUGGCACGCCGCCAAUGAGCGACUAUCCGACCAUGGACUUCCACCAGGCAUACUACGAGACUGGGUCGAGUAGCCGCACUCCUAGCCCCCGCAACAGUCGUGGAGAGCACAACGGGCUGGCCAAUGCUACUAGGGACAGCUGGAAGCGAGUAAGCAGCAAGCUGUGGCCCAAGAAGAAGAGCGGUGGUCAGCUACGAGAGGACGAGGCAGGCGUUGUUGAGGGCGGGCUUUUCUAA